AUGGUUCACUACUUUUAUAGUCCUGAAGAGCCAAAAGAUCUCUAUGAAGACCUUCCAAGGAUAUUGAAGAUCUGGGAAAGAAGCAUCUGGCGAGGACCAAAUAUAAAUUGCACAGACAGUUCAGGUUAUACUGCCUUACAUCAUGCAGCUUUAAAUGGACACAAGGAUAUAGUUCUCAAAUUACUUCAGUAUGAAGCAUCAACUAAUGUGGCAGAUAAUAAAGGUUAUUUUCCUAUUCACUUGGCUGCUUGGAGAGGAGAUGUAGACAUUGUGAAGAUUCUCAUCCAUCAUGGGCCAUCACACUCCAGAGUGAAUGAACAGAACAAUGAAAAUGAAACAGCACUGCAUUGUGCAGCUCAAUAUGGUCAUUCAGAAGUAGUUGCUGUUCUGUUAGAAGAGCUAACAGACCCUACAAUAAGGAACAACAAACUAGAAACACCUCUGGAUCUGGCAGCACUUUAUGGACGUCUGCGUGUUGUAAAAAUGAUCAUCAAAGCAUAUCCAAACCUGAUGAACUGUAAUACAAGAAAACACACCCCUUUGCAUCUUGCUGCACGUAAUGGCCACAAAGCUGUUGUACAGGUGCUUCUGGAGGCUGGAAUGGAUGUCAGCUGCCAAACAGAGAAAGGGAGCGCACUACAUGAAGCAGCCCUAUUUGGAAAGGUGGAGGUAGUACGCAUUUUGCUUGAAACAGGAAUUGAUACCAACAUAAAGGACAGUUUGGGUAGAACGGUUUUAGAUAUUCUUAAAGAACACCCAUCUCAGCAGUCACUCCAAAUUGCAGCUCUACUUCAAGAAUAUAUGGAAACAGGAAAUGCGAGUAUUUCAGAGGAACGCCCACUGGAAUGCGCAGAACAUCAGUCUUGCAUUUUGUCCCCAGAAGUUCCUCCGUCUCCAAAGGCUAAAAGUGAAGCUGUGACUGGAGAAUUAUCAAAGCUCUUAGAUGAAAUCAAAUUGUGCCGAGAAAAGGAAUACUCUUUUGAAGAUCUGUCUCAUACAAUAUCAGACCAUUAUCUGGACAAUUUUAGUAAAGUAUCAGAGGAAGAACUUAUGACCAGUGGAAGCCAAACCAAGCUUAAUGUAAGGCCUUCUUCAACAUGUUUAUCACCAAGAGAGGAAGAUGAUGAUGAUGCAGGUGAAAAUACUUGUGGUCCUUCAGGUUUAUGGGAGGCAUUGACACCUUGCAAUGGAUGCAGGAACCUCGGUUUUCCCAUGCUUGCACAGGAAUCUUAUUCAAAGAAGAGAGGUUAUGCAUUGGAAGCAAUACCCUCUGUACCUCUGGAUGCAGUUACGUCAGAAAAUGACAACAGUCUUUGUGAUUCAAUAGACAUAGCAGUGACCAAAAAACCUUGCUCCCUAGAGAUAGCAAGAGUUCCUUCCUCAAGACCAGAUAAUGCACCUCAGGUAGCAAUUACCACACCAGGAUCUGGUAACCAUAGAAACAGCUCUACAGGCCCAACACCUGACUGCUCUCCUCCAUCACCAGACACUGCACUUAAAAACAUAGUGAAAGUUAUACGUCCUCAGCCCAAGCAGCGCACAUCCAUAGUAUCUUCUCUGGAAUUUCACCGAAUGAAUCACAGCCACAAUUAUUUUGAAAUCAACUCAUCCAUUGGCUGUACAAGUUUUAUUUCUACUCCUGCAAUCAGUCCAGCUAAUUAUUCCUUUGGAUCUCUGCAAUACAGUAUUGAAGAGAGAGAACUUCCAGGGCGUCUUUGCCAGGGAGAAACAUCCACUGAAAGUGAGCUUCCUGAAGGACACCCCGCUGAACAGUUUGCAGGUUUACUUCAUGGAUCAUCACCUGCGUGUGACCCACCUGAUAAUCCACUCCAGCUGUACAGCAAAGCAAACCAGUGCCGUGGUCCACUAGAGAAAAGCAUUUUGAGCAAGAGCACAGUGCAGCAGAUACAGCUACAGAAAGAAAACAACACUGAUCCUCCUGUUAAGAAAAAAAAGCCACCAGUUGUAAACAGAACCAUAUUUCAUACUAAAACUAAACCAGUAGAAAAUCAUACGUUGGUUGGCACGUCAACACGGAUAAGUGAACAAUGGGUUAUUACUACUGGGGGAUUUGUGGAGCGAGCAUGCACACUUGGGAGAAUACGAUCUUUACCAAAGACUUUGCUUGAAAUGCAUUUGUGCAAAAAUGUUUCAAAAUCUGAUUCUAAUCUUAUCACCCAUCCACCAAAUGACAAAAAAGCAAGAAGCAACUGGAGUGAACCCACACCAAACCAACAGUGCUCCAAAGGGAAUUCGGAGAGAACACCUUCCUUCACAUCAGAAUGGGAAGAAAUUGAUAAAAUCAUGAGUUCAAUAGAUGCUGGAAUUAAUACUGGACUGGGGGAGAUGAAUGAUCACACUACAAGACCCCGAUGCCCUGUCCAGACAGUGGGACAAUGGUUGGAAAAUAUUGGGCUACCUCAAUAUGAAAACCACUUGCUGGCUAAUGGAUUUGACAAUGUGCAAUUUAUGGGAAGCAAUGUAAUGGAGGACCAGGAUCUCUUGGAAAUAGGAAUCCUUAACUCUGGACACAGACAGAGAAUACUCCAAGCAAUCCAGCUUCUCCCAAAGGUAUAG